ACUACUCUUCCCGUCGCGGUUGAUGUUCUAAAUAAGAGACGUUUGCUGGCGGCGUUCCCGUGGACCAAGCUGAAGUGUUUAUUCGGCACUUUUUUCUUUUUCCAAGCGGUCAUAAUUCUUUUUACCUGUGUCUUGUCGGUCUGAAACAUUGAUCAUAAUAAGUGUCUGUAUCCGUGUCGUUGAGCCUUGUUAUAUGACUUACUUUACGAUCAUGCAAACCUUUGGCAAGAUGCCGCUGCGAAUGUGUCGCUCGUGGGUGAUUGUCAGUUUCGUCUUGGCUCGUUUGGUAUGCGUCGCUGCGGAACAACUAACGUUUCACGAGCCGGCUCCCGAGGCCCUGACACUGAAGAUCUUUCGCAUGCUUGGAGUGGUGGCUACGCCGGAGAAUCCUGGUUACUUUCAAAUAUCAGCGCACGUCAGUGGCGGGAGCACCUUAGCGGCGUCACUCGGCGGCCUACAGGUUUGGAUUAUGAACAGUCUUUUGUUUCGUGGCACGAGUUGCGCCCGCGGAAUGGCGGUCAGACAACAAAGAAAAUAGAUGCGUUUUAUUCUUGUGUAUGGAGUGUGAUCUGUGACUAUGUACCUUUUUCUUGUCCAAAACAGGUAAUAGCAGCAGAGAAGGAUUGGUUUGACCACACGAGCUCGCGGGACUCUUUUUGUUGUACGCAGCAGCACAUUUCCGAGGGGAAAUGUUCGCAGGAGAAGGUUUUUGUUGGCGCUUCGGAGGACGGUAACGGACCGGCGUACUCCGUUCCCGUGACGACAGACGCGCACAAAAUCACGAAACUGCCAUUCCACCAGAGCGGCGUGUUUUACAUAGGCCUGGUGCAUUGCGGAGACACGGACCUUGGCCACCUGGAAAUUAUCGGUAUCGUUUUUUACUAAUGCGGAGAAACCUAAAUGAGCAAGCAACACCAAGAAAUGCAAAGUUAUUCCGAGGCAUGAUUGAUAUUUUGCGUUGAUAACGAUCCACAUCAAGCCCUCGGUUGUGAACAAAAAAAAACGCAGGCAACGUACAAAGCAAGUCGUCGCACGGCUAUCUGUCCGGACUGGACGUCCAGGCGAUGCACUUCACGGGCGGACUCAGCAUCUUCUACUGCGUGGCGCUGGCCUUCUGGAUGCACCUCUGCUGCAAGUUUAAGUCGCAGCUUGUAUCCGUGCACUACUGGUAUGAUCAUGCGAUUCAUGCUAACUAGGAUUUUUGGCAAGAGUCAAAUAGCUUGGAUUUUUUUUUUCGAGCUGCAUGUCGAAGUCGAUAUUUCUCACCAGAGCAUGCUUCGAAUGAACUGCAAAUACAAAAAAACGUGGCUACAACGUUCCUACGAACUCACUUUCAGCUUGAGCCUGGUUCUCUGUUGCUGCUUCGUGGCUUCUAUGGGGAAGUGGAUGAUGUAUUCGUUGGGGAAUCACAGUGAGCUUUCGCCGCGCAGCGCGGAGGUCUUGUCGGAAAUGCUCGGCAUAAUCAAGUUUGGCGUCGGUUUGGUGGCCGCGGUGAUGAUCUCGCUCGGGUUUGGCACCGCCCACGAGAGCGUGACCGGAAAGGAGUUCACCUGGCUCAUGGUUUACUGCGUCGCGUUUUGCACGUGCGCAGUCGUGCGGAUUCUUCUUGGCGCCCAGGUGGCCAGCAUGAUCUCGACCGACCUGGAAGGUCCCUUGGAGGGAACCGGCUCCCCCUCCGCGCUUGCCGCGCUGGUGUCUCCACACGCACUGUUGGUGCUGCCGGAAGCGCUCAUUUUUGGCGCCAUCGCCAACUGGGGCUACACCGCGCUCGUCUCCCUCCAGGAUACGCUCGAGCAGCAGAAACAACACGAAACAUUAAGGGUACUAGAAAUAAUUCGUGCUCAAAAGAAGGUUCCUGCCGUUUCUUUGUAAGUAGCUGUUCUAUUUUUCACAUGGUUGCAGCUGCAAAAUUUUUUGCUUCUUCCUCACGAAGACCGUAUUGUGCGUGACGAGUAGCGCCGCUCGUGGACGAUCAUGCAGCUACACCACCAACAUGGCAGGUCAUGUCGGGGUUCUACCGCACGAUGCGCGGCGCGCUGAUUUCACUGGUCGGCAUUCUGUGCGUCCAGAUCGGAGUGCAGAACACAUUGGACGGGGCCGCGGUGUGGCCCUUCCUCUGGAUCCUGGAUGAGGGCGCACCAAACGUGAUUUACGCGGUAUGCGUCAGCUGUACGCUGCUCUCCUUCUGGCCCUCCGAGAAUUUCAAAGCAAAGGCCAUGUCGCAGCAAAUCCAGUUCGACGACAACGAACUCGAUGACAUAAUUGGCGCGUCCCACCCAGACGGCAUCGAGAUGGCAGAUAUGGAGGCCGGCAGUCCCGGCGGGGAAAGCGAGGGGAACAAUAGCAACAGCAGUCCAAAAUUGCAAAAUUCCGGAAAAUUCCUGGAAUGAAACAGAUAGAUGAUAUUUUCGGCUGAAAAACGGCGAGUUUCUCAGCCACAUUAUAUAUAGCUCGCAGUAUUGUACCUGAACUGGUGCAUGCCGAGGUGAAAAAAAAGGCAUGCUAGACCACGAAAACUGUAACAAAAUCAGAGUUUCGACCUUGUCAGGCUGGAGUGUGCCCCAUGUGGACAAAAAUCAUCGGUACACAUUCAAAAAUUUUCGGUAACAUUUUUUACUUCCUACGGUUUUUUGUACUUGCCUCUCUCGUGCGGACGAAUGCAAAUCUCACUCGGUAUCUAAGACCUUCUCGUACA